CGAGUUUUGCUCAAGAAGUUGACUUGGAGCUUGCUCACUAGCCUUUCUCUUUUUCUUACAUCACCAAGAAAAUGUUGUAUUAAAAACAUUUCUUGGUGAGAGAAGCAAGCUUUAUCAACUGGGGCAUUGAAGCUGCAGUUUUUUAUUUUUUUAGCAGUUAGGUGAAACAAGAAUAAUUGGAAAGAUUCUGAUUAAAAGCUGCAAUUCAGUAAAGAAUCCAUGUUGCACGGAUCUGGACUGGCUAGAUAUUUCUGGCGCCCUCCAUUGGAAAGAAAUCCUGUAACAACUGCAACUCUUCUCGUCUUAACUGUUUUCCUAGUGGCUGUCUUUACAUCUUCCUCAUGGACUGACACUUCUAGGCUUUCUAUCGAGAAUUUAACAAACAAGACCAUAAUAAUAUCAGAAAUGCCGAAAAUUCCUAUACGGAAAAUUGAAAUCCCACUCAACUGCACGAGCAACAAAAACCAGACACAAACCUGUCCAACAAAUUACCCCAAGACAUUCCAGACAGAAGACCUUGAACCAUCAUCCAACCCUGUUUGCCCUGAUUAUUUUAGAUGGAUCCACGAAGAUUUACGCCCCUGGAAAACCUCAGGAAUCACCAGGGACAUGGUGGAAACAGCUAAAAGAAAAGCAACAUUUCGCCUGGUAAUCAUUCGGGGCAAAGCGUACGUCAAAAAAUACAGAAAAGCCAUUCAGACGAGAGAUGUUUUCACCAUCUGGGGUAUUCUGCAACUCCUUAGGAAGUACCCUGGAAGGCUACUGGACCUGGAAAUAAUGUUUGACACUGAAGAUAGGCCAGUAAUCAGAUCAGGGGACUACCAAGGACCGAAAUCAACGGGCCCACCACCGUUGUUUCGGUACUGCGGAGAUGAAAAGACGCUGGAUAUAGUGUUUCCUGAUUGGUCGUUCUGGGGAUGGGCUGAGAUAAAUAUAAAACCAUGGGACAGCAUACUGAAAGAUAUUAAACAUGGAAAUAAUCAGACCAAGUGGAUAGAUAGGGAACCGUACGCCUACUGGAAGGGAAACCCGUUUGUGGCUAAAAAAAGACAAGACCUUCUUAAGUGCAAUGUCUCUGAUCAACAAGACUGGAAUGCUCGCCUAUUUAUCCAGGAUUGGAUUCUUGAAGGCCAGCAAGGUUUUAAACAAUCGAACAUUGCAGAUCAAUGCACAUUUAGGUAUAAGAUUUACAUUGAAGGAUAUGCAUGGUCUGUUAGCGAGAAAUACAUUCUGGCCUGUGAUUCUGUUACAUUCGUGGUACAGCCUGAGUUCUAUGAUUUCUUCAUGAGAGGCUUGCAGCCUGUGGAGCACUACUGGCCAAUAAGGGAUGAUGACAAGUGCAGAUCCCUUAUGUUUGCUGUGCAUUGGGGCAACGAUCACAAAAAGAAGGCACAGGAAAUUGGAAAAGCAGCCAGUAGCUUCAUGCAAGAGCAGCUGAAAAUGGACUACAUUUAUGAUUAUAUGUAUCAUUUGUUAAAUGAGUAUGCUAAGUUGUUGAAAUUUGAGCCAAGAAUACCAGAAGGAGCUAUGGAGUUGUGCUCAGAGGUUAUGGCCUGUAAUGCAGAAGGACUUGAAGGGCGAAAGAAGAAGUUCAUGAUGGAAUCCUUGGUGAAAGGUCCUUCUAUUAUAAGUCCAUGCACCCUGCCUCCUCCUUAUGAACCUCAAGCUCUUGCAGCAUUUGUUAGGAGAAAAAUCAAUUCAAUAUUUCAAGUGAACGAGUGGGAGAAAGGUUAUUGGAAAAGUCUCAACAAGCAAUAGUGGUAUGCCCAAUUUUCAGAAAUACAUGAGCCAAAUGGAGAGUACAUAUAGGUUUUUUUUUUUUUUUUGGCACCUCCAAAUAA